AUGACCUUCUCAGCUACUGUUCAAAAGUUCCCUGACCCUGAGAACUGGAGCGCUACCAAAGUUAGAAAUACCUUCAUAGACUACUUCAAGGACGUGAAGGACCACACUUUUAUCCCCUCAUCCUCUGUAAUCCCCUACGAUGAUCCUACUCUCUUGUUUGCUAAUGCUGGUAUGAACCAGUACAAACCUAUCUUCCUCGGUACUGCUGACCCAAAUUCAAUAUUCUUCAACUUGAAAAGAGCUGUUAAUUCUCAAAAAUGCAUAAGAGCCGGCGGUAAGCACAACGAUUUAGAUGACGUUGGUAAGGAUUCCUAUCAUCACACUUUCUUUGAAAUGUUGGGUAAUUGGUCCUUUGGUGACUAUUUCAAAAAGGAAGCAAUUGAAUGGUCUUGGGAUUUAUUGACCAACGUUUAUGGUCUUCCCAAAGAUCGUCUCUAUGUUACUUACUUUGAAGGUGACACCAAACAAGGUCUCGAACCUGAUUUAGAAGCUAAACAACUAUGGGAGAACACUGGUAUCGAUCCUGAUCAUAUUCUUCCCGGUGACGCCCAUGAUAACUUUUGGGAAAUGGGUGACCAAGGUCCAUGUGGUCCAUGUUCUGAGAUCCAUUACGAUAGAAUUGGUGGCAGAAAUGCUUCUCAUUUAGUCAAUCAAGAUGAUCCAAACGUUUUAGAAAUCUGGAAUAACGUUUUCAUGCAAUAUAAUAGAGAGGCUGAUGGCUCUUUAAGAUCCUUGCCCGCUAAACAUAUUGAUACUGGUAUGGGGUUCGAAAGAUUAGUAUCGGUUUUGCAAGAUGUCAAAUCAAAUUAUGAUACUGAUGUUUUCCAACCUUUAUUUGAAACAAUUCAAAAAAUCACAAAUGUUAGACCUUACAAAGGUUAUUUUGGUGAAGAAGACGUCGACGGAAUUGACACUGCUUAUAGAGUCUUAGCUGACCAUGUAAGAACUUUGACUUUUGCAAUUGUUGAUGGCGGUGUUCCAAAUAGUGAAGGUAGAGGCUAUGUCUUGAGAAGAAUCUUAAGAAGAGGCUGCAGAUUUGCAAGAAAAUAUAUGAACUAUCCAAUCGGUAAAGAACCCUUUUUCUCCAAAUUGGUUCCAACGUUAAUUGACCAAGUCAAAGAUAUCUUUCCUGAAAUUACAAAGAACACUGAUAACUUAUUUGAAAUAUUAAAUGACGAAGAAAAUUCUUUUUCUAAAACUUUAGAUCGUGGCGAAAAAUUGUUCUCAGAAUAUGCUCAAAAGGCCUUGAAAUCAAAUGACAAAACACUCAACGGUAAAGAUGUUUGGAGAUUAUAUGAUACAUAUGGUUUUCCAGUUGAUUUAACUCAAAUCAUGGCCGAAGAAGCCGGUUUAAAAAUUAACCAAUUUGAUUUUGAAAAGGCAAAACAAGAAAGUUAUGAAGCCUCGAAGGGUGGCUCUUCUACUACCGCUAAGGAUAAAAUAAAAUUGGACGUAUUUUCAAUGAAAAAACUUGAUGAAAAUUCUCUCGUCGUUAAAACUGAUGAUAGCUUUAAAUAUACAACAAAUGAUAUUCAUUCAAAGAUUUUAGCCAUUUAUGACGGCAAGGAAUUUACGUCCUCUAUCAAUACCACUCCAGAAAAUAAAGAAUUCGGUAUUGUUUUAGAUAAAACACCCUUUUAUGCUGAAUCUGGUGGUCAAGAAUAUGAUACAGGAAGAUUGGUUAUUGAUGGCCAGUCUGAAUUUGUUGUCACUAAUGUCCAACUCUAUGGCUCUUAUGUUCUUCAUACUGGUUACCUAGCUGAAGGUUCUUUAUCCGUUUCAGAUCAAAUAAUCGCCUCAUUUGACUUGGAUCGUCGUUUACCAAUAAAGAAUAACCAUACUGGUACCCAUAUUCUUAAUCUUGGUUUACGUUUAGUUCUUGGUGAUUCAAUUGACCAAAAGGGUUCUUUAGUUGCUCCAGAUAAAUUAAGAUUCGAUUUCUCUCACAAAAAGCCUGUAUCUAUUGAUGAAAUCCAAAAAAUUGAAGAAAUUUGUAAAGACCAAAUUAAGAAAAAUCUUGCUGUCUACUCAGAAGAUGUCUCUUUACUUAGCUCAAAGGCUAUUUAUGGUCUAAGAGCCGUAUUUGGUGAAGUCUACCCAGACCCAGUUCGUGUUAUUUCAAUUGGUGUUCCAGUUCAAGAAUUAUUAGAAAAUCCUGAUAAUAAAGAAUGGUACAGUUAUUCUGUUGAAUUUUGUGGUGGUACUCAUGUUCCAAAAACCGGUGAAAUUAAAGACUUAAUUAUUGUUGAAGAAAAUGGUAUUGCCAAAGGAAUCAGAAGAGUAGUUUGCUAUACAGGUGCUGCCGCCUUUAAAUAUCAAGAAAUUGCUUUAGCAAUGAAUAGUCAACUUGAUUCAAUUAGUGUAUUACCAUUCGGCGAAAUUAAAGAAAAAAAAUUAAAAGAAUUUGGUGUCGAAUUAAAUAAAUCAUCCAUUUCUCUCUUAUCCAAGAAUGAAUUAAAAACAAAAUUCUCUAAAAUAGAUAAGGCCUAUAAAGAUGAACUUAAAAAGAAAUUAAAAGCUGAAAGUAAAAAAACACUCGAUACUGUUCAAGGUUACUUCAAAGAAAAUACUGAUGCUAAAAUUUUAGUUGCUCAUGUUGAUAUAUCAUCUAACGGUAAAGCUAUUACUGAGGCUUUCAAUUAUUUAAAAAAGUCAGCAAAAGAUAAAACAGUUUAUUUGGUCACUGGCAACAAAUUUGACAAAAAAAUUGCUCAUGGUUGUUAUGUCUCUGAUUCUUUACUAUCUCAAGGAGUAAAAUCAAAUGAAAUUACUGAUUUAGCCAGCAAGUUUAUUGGCGGUAAAGCUGGUGGUAAAGGCAAUAUUUCCCAAGGUAUGGGUGAUAAAUUUGAUGGUAUCAAUAAUGCUGUUUCACAAAUUACAGAACUUUUAAAUCAAAAAUUAAACUUAUAG